GUACCUCGUGCAAAGAUGUCAAGUGCAUUGCUGCUUGCCUUCCUAUUUCCGAUGCUGCUGUCAGGAGCUUGGUUUCCCAAAAGUUUGCCCUGUGAUGUUAAAGCCUCUGAAGGUGAGGUGGCAGUGGACUGCACAGAUCGACAUCUCACAGAAGUCCCCAGAGGGAUCCCUGCAAACGCUACCAACCUCACCCUGAGUAUUAACCACAUCCCUCAUAUCUACCCAACAUCCUUUGCUCAUCUGGAAAACCUCGUGGAAAUUGACUUCAGAUGCAACUGUGUGCCUGUCAAAACAGGGCCCAAAGAUCACGUGUGCACCACAAGACCAAACAUUGAAAAUGGCAGUUUUGCCGCCCUGAGAAGACUGAAGUCAUUGUAUUUGGAUGCCAACCAGCUGUUGGAAAUACCCCGGGGUCUUCCUACUGCUUUACGUCUGCUCAGCCUGGAAGCAAACACGAUCUUUUCUAUCCAAAAAGCCAAUUUGUCGGAGCUAGGGAACAUAGAAGUAUUGUAUCUGGGACAGAACUGCUACUACCGCAACCCCUGCAAUGUUUCAUUUGAAAUUGAAGAAACAGCCUUUCUGGUGAUGAAAAAACUAACAGUACUAUCCCUGAAGUCCAACAACUUAACUCGUAUUCCACCCAGUUUGUCAUCUACUUUAAAGGAACUGUAUAUUUACAACAACAUGAUUCAAGUGAUCCAAGAGCAUGAUUUGAGUGCCCUUCACAACCUCGAAAUUCUCGACCUAAGUGGUAAUUGCCCACGUUGCUAUAACGCCCCAUAUCCGUGUACCCCCUGCCCCAAGAAUACCAUUGAGAUCCAUUCAAAGGCUUUUUCCUCCCUGAAAAACUUGAGAAUUCUGCGACUUCGCAGUAACUCCCUUCGCAGCAUACCCAGCAGCUGGUUUGAAAACACCAGGCAUCUCAAAGAGCUUGACCUCUCCCAGAACUUCCUCACGAAGGAGAUCGGAGAUGCUCAGUUUUUGCAAUUCAUCCCGAGUCUUGUCGUGCUUGACCUGUCCUUUAAUUUUGAAGUGAAGAUGUAUUCUCCAUACUUAAAUCUGUCUAAGACAUUUUCUUCCCUCUCUAACCUGGAAACCCUGAGGCUCAGGGGUUAUGUCUUUAAAGAACUCAGAGAAGAAAAUCUAGAACCGUUG